GAAAACGACGUGAGCACCAUCCAGCGGUGUGUUACUCGAUAGACAUAAAUACAUCUGCGAACACGCAGAAGAUAGAGUGGAUCACACCAGCGCACAACAAAGCGUACAGACUGUCAGAUUCGCCGAACGACCGUCGGAGCCGUUCGCUGCGGUACGUGACAUCCGAAGCAGCACGUUGCAGAAAACAGGUCAUUCUGUGUUCAACCAAAUCAUUUUCAACAGGUUUUAUUAAGUCGGCUACAUGCAUUGAAACCAACAACCGGGGUGCCGUUAAGCGCUCGACACAGGGCUACACACAUACCUGGACUUGUAUUGUUGCCAUCGUAACUGGACCACUGAAUGACGAAUGAAUACAGCCUCUAUCUGUAGGGAAAUGACGAGUGUGGCGGUUUCCCGGAAACGCUACGUGCUAGCCGUUUUCUCGGAGCGAAACGAAUAUCAUGGAGGCAUCGAUCGGCACCAGUGUAAAUUUCUCGUACUCUGACAGCGGACCAGUACGUCACACGAAUUGUGGGACCUGUGGUACAGCCUCUGCACUACCUGCACCCGACACUAUGUACCAGCAAGACAAUGUCCGACCGCACGUUGAAUGGCGAACUCUCAUCAGCCUUAACGGAAUACAUAUCCUUUUCUGGCCGGCCGUCAUCUUCUCUGGAUCUCUCUCCCAUAGAACUCCUGUGGAGUACACCGAGAACUACCGCCAUGUACCAUUCCAUUCCAUAGCCGAUAAAGGAGUGCCCAGCUUGUCGCAUUCACUCCUGAAGAAACAGUGAGGAAGAGGCGGUCUUAUAGAAGACGACCAAUCCGAGGAAGACAGGAGAGAGGUCACUACGUGACCAAAGCCGGUCUUAUAAGAGACGACCCCCGCGAGAAAGGGAGACAGAAUGCCUUCCGGGAGGACUUGGAGGGAAACCUGGCCCCUAUUCAGGCGUUAUUGGCUAGGAGGAAAACCUGGAAAAAACUCCAGCUGCCAGCUCGUCCGAGUGAGUCGCGAACCCCCGAUCGAACUCCGGUUUUUAGGGUCUGGUCACCACCAAGAGGCGGUGACGGAGUCCACUCGGCCACCGGUGGGCACACCGCCAUGUACCGUAGACCACAUACACACUGCAGUGGACACAGCUUGGGAAAGACUACCUCUGACAACCAUCAAUCGUCUCAUUGAUAGUAUGCCUCGCCAUAUAUCGGCCUGCAUAGCGGACCAUUCAUGUCAUAUUCGUUACUGAAUUAACCAGUUUCCAUCUGUUGCAUAUCUUUGUUUGUUCUUUUAAUCAUUUAAAUAUCUCCGGUCUUACAAUGUGCACGUGGCUACCCGCACUUCUUUUUAGUGUUCGGAUCUUAUUUUUUGAGUCGAAAUGAAGAUCUUCAUUUUAUUCUUUUGCACAUUGUUAAUCUGCAAAAUUGCCUGCAGACCUAAUUCGAAACGUCUUUCAAAAGAAGUUUGCGAUUAUUCUGAAUCCCGCAAAUCUCAGAUUUAUAGCUGCAUCGAAAAGGAGAUUCCUGAUUAUUUCAGAAAUAAAAUUAAAAGUUUUAUUCGGUGUUUAGGAAAAAAUUCUCUUCUUGAAAUUAUAAACAUGAUUUGUGAAUCAAACAAACCGGAGGAACUGAAAGCACACUGUCCUCGAUGCUUUUCUAUUUUGAAUUUGAAUAACGAAGUCGAGCAUGAAACUGCAGCCGAUUACGUAGCAAAGUGUAUGUUCGAUGACGAAUAAAAAAAAGCUUUAUUGAAUAUAAUAUAUUAAAAUACUAGAAUAAAUAGAACAAGAUAUUAUAAGAAGAACUAUAUUCUGGAGAAUUAAAUAAAUU